ACAGGAGAUUUACCCAAUCGCAUCCGAAUGACUCCCACUACUUUCUGCGCCACAUUCUCAAACUUUUGACUUUUGCAGCAAACGACAGCCGGCUGAUGAAAAUGUUUUAUUAUCCUCAAGAUCUUCAUGUGCACCACCUAGAAAGGCUGUCUUUUUAUUUAAAGAUAUAAAAGCGUUGAACAAUAACGUCCUCUGCGCUAAAGCGGUGCUCUCAAGUGACUGGAGAGGUUGUGGAUCCACUUCAUUAGAAUGCCAUAUCUUCAAGAUCUGCAAGAUUGAAGUGCAAGGAUCGGGAUUCUUUACCUAUUGGGAUGCUUAUGAAGAUUGUCUCUUAAUACACUUGGAACUCAAUAUCAAGAUUUACUAACAGAUUCUUGUAGCAAAAACUGGAUUGUUUUAUUUUCCCUUUUUGCUAUAGCACGGUUUCUUUUCACAUUUAGGAGCGUUGCUUGUGUUUUCAAAGCCUAAGUAUAGCACAAUCCACUUGCUGCGUUAGGUCAGAGUUUUAUAACUUGUUUGGGAAGUUGUGAUUUUUAAAGGAUUUCGAUUCUAUUCCCGAGCGAAAUCCUCUCGGUAAUGUUAGCGGUGGGGCAGAUGGACGGGUCUCGCCAGAGCGCUUUCCUCCUCAGCACCCCGCCACUAGCUGCUCUACAUAGUAUGACCGAAAUGAAGACGCCUCUAUAUCCAGCUUACCCGCUAUCUUCCGGCGGGCCUGCAUCAUCCACUUCUCCGACAGCUACCUCUCCAAAUCCUGGUGGUAUUCCUGUAUCUUCUCCAGGAAUUAAAACAUCAUCUGGACUUUCAUCCAUCGCAUCGCAUCAUCACCAUAAUUGUUCGGCUGCCACCCCGCACGGAAUAAACGAUAUACUGAGCCGCCCCUCGAUCCUCGCCGCUGGGGCUGCGGCUGCCGUGGCUGCAACCUCCUCUGCUGGAAUUCUGUCUGGACUGCCCCGCUUCAGCAGCCUGAGUCCUCCACCUCCGCACGGCCUGUAUUUCAGCCCAGGCGCCGCGGCAGUGGCUGUAGCUCGUUACCCGAAGCCUUUGACAGAUCUCCCUGGGAGGACCCCGAUCUUUUGGCCCGGAGUCAUGCAAAGCCCUCACUGGAGAGACGCCAGGUUCGCCUGUUCACCUCAUCAAAAUUCUGUUCUGUUGGAUAAAGAUGGCAAGAGGAAGCAUACACGUCCCACGUUUUCAGGACAGCAGAUAUUCGCCCUGGAAAAGACUUUUGAGCAAACAAAAUACCUAGCAGGACCAGAGAGAGCACGCCUGGCCUACUCUUUGGGAAUGACAGAGAGCCAAGUCAAGGUAUGGUUCCAGAAUCGCAGAACGAAGUGGAGGAAAAAGCAUGCGGCUGAGAUGGCUUCUGCCAAGAAGAAGCAAGACUCGGAGACAGAGAGGCUGAAAGGUGCCUCAGAGAACGAAGAUGACGAUGACGACUACAACAAACCUUUAGAUCCCAACUCAGACGACGAGAAAAUAACACAGCUACUGAAAAAACAUAAACCAAACUCUGCCCUCAUUAUCCACACCUCAGAGAACGAGAGUUCUUAGAGGGUGAAGAUGGCGCAGUUUAGUCUUUUUUUUUUUUUAAAUGAGGAUUUGAGUGAUGCACUGAUUUGAGUAGGGUCUCAUUUUACACCACGUAUAAAAUUCCAUUUGCACAUGGGAAGGAGACCGGCUCAGAGGAAUAUGCAUUGUUUUUAUGCUGAGGAGUGUGGGUUGCACUCUACGAUGUUGUACAGACGUUUCAACGCGAAGAAGACACUUGUUCUUGUAAAUACCAACGUGAGUUGUACUGAAUAGAAAUUAUAUUACUGUGAAUAUUUAUGUGUAAAAUACCGUUUUUGUACAGGACACAUCUGAGUCUAUUCAUCUCUGCCAUUUAAAAUACGUUUUGAAAUUCGGAAUUUGUAUUAAUGUUCUUUUUGUUCCUUCUAAGAGGGGUUUUAAAGACAUUGUCCACCUUUUUAAAAUAAUACCCUCAACAAAAAUGACAGAUUGGGAAAACCGGCGAUUGUUCACUUUAUUAAUUUUCAACUGACUAGUUUGCAGAAAGCCACGAGUUCCACGUGUAAAUAAAUAGGUGAAAAUGAGAAACGACGUGUAACAAGUAAAAUAUAUUUGUAAUAUAAAUGCAUUCGUCGCCCACUGUUAUGAGGUUUUCUUUUCAUUCAUGAUCAAUACUUAAUUUAUAUAAUAUUUUCAGUUUGUAACAGUGUUAAGAUCCUGCAGAAUUGCGCAUUGCAGGCUCGUAUGUAUUGCACUUUUAUUUAAUAAAAAGUAAUUUGAAAAUU